AUGACGCAAGAAUCCUCCACGACCGAGCCGCCUAAUGGCGAAGCGCCGCCAAACUACCUUGCAGCAACGUCAACAGCUGCAGACGCCGCCGCAGACCUGCCCAGUGACAUCGACCUCACCUCCUCCUAUGCAAGCCUCUCCCUCUCACCCACUUACACAGUCGGCGGCCCCGACGUCGACACCUGCCUCGCCCACCUCAAGUUCCUCCACGCCAUCGACAACCUCAAGGAAGAAGUGGGAUACUCCGACGGCCUCUUUGGCAUCUGGGACAGCCGCGCCGGAUGGGACCUGGAGAUCCUGCACGGCGCGGCUCUGCCCCCGGGAGUCAAGCUGGACAGGAUGAGUAAGGAUGAAAAGACGAAGCUUGCUCUGAGUCGCCUCCGCGAGAAGCGAUGGGCUCUCUAUCUUGCACGGGCAGUGGAUCGAUAUGAGGCGUGGUGGAGUGCCAUGACCAAGGACAAGGUCAUGUUGACUGAAGUGGACAUGAUGAAGCCGAGGAACUCUAAAUAUGAUUUGUUUCCUACUCAUGGCACGCCAUUGAGUUGGAGCAGAGACUCGCUUCCACCCCUAGAUGUCCUCAUGGUCAUGCAUGCCCACAUGCUGAACCCAAGAGCCUUCCUUGAAGACACCAUAAGAUGCAACAUGAGCGAAUACUGGACCGCUGGCAUGCCAUGGCAUGCUGUUAACGAGGGCAUCGCCUCUGACUUCUCCGAAGAUGCGAGUGAGCUGGCCAAGAGUGCCUGGACCUCGUUGACAGGACGCAGCUGGUCCAAUGCCUUGGAUCCCAUGACCAAGUUCCUCAAUUGCCCGUGGUGCAAAGAGGGCAUGCAAGUCCCCUGGACGACUUGCGGAACGGAGGAACAUGCAAACAACUCUGCAUCGAUUGGCACCAUCGGCAGCGGCUAUGGCGACGGCAACUUUUCCCAUCAAUGCCCAUCCUGCAACAGGACCGUCAACAAGGAACUCCUGUCCCUCCACAAGUUCAUCCAAGACACGGUCCUCCUGCUCGGCAAAGGCGUCCCCAUGCCCGGCACCGUCCUCGACAUCCAGUCCGGCGAGCCGCAGCUCGUCCCCGAGCCAGCCAUCAUGCCCAACUACACGCGCACGUUCCCCAACCGCAUGAUCCAGCUCGAGCUCCGCAUCAAGGUCCUGAACCUCAUCAACCCUUCAUCAAGAAGCGCAGCAGAGUCCCCCUCCAUGGCCGACGUACGAGACCUCAUCGAAAAGACGACGCGCAACGACCAGGCUGUCCGCCGCAUCGACGGCUCCAGAGCCCGCGCAGGCCUGCAAUCCGUCCGCCGCGACGCCAAAAUCACCACCCGCAAGAUGAUGAGCCGCUACUGGGAGAACUUCUCGCCCUUUGCCCUCGACCUGUGCGGCGCCGUCAUGCGCCAGGGCGUCUUCAUCGACAAGAUGGUCAAGCUGGACUGGCUGCACAGCCCCUCGGCUAGGGCCACCAUGGAGCGGCUCAUCACAAAGUACCAUCGCUUCAUCCGCAUCAUGAAAAAGUACCCCCUGAAGAUUGCCGUUCCUACGCUCGACGUUGAUCUCGCUUGGCAUACGCACCAGCUGAGUCCAAAGGACUACUACGAGUACACGGUGACCAAGACGGGCAAGUUCAUCGACCACGACGACAAGAUUGAAGAGAGCCAGCUCAGCGAGUCAUUCGAAUGGACCACAAAGACGUAUCAAGAGCUCUACAAGGAGGUCUACAGCGAAUGCACCUGCUGGUACUGCGAAACCAUCCGCGAAUCCCAAGGCUCCCGCCUCGGCAAACUCCUCAACGUCUCCUCCAGCCAAAAGCUCGCAGACACCUUCCACGACUCGGGCACCGCCAGGCUCUGCCCGCCCGACAACUCGGCCCACAUCUCGGCGCACAACUCGGUCAAGACGCUCGAGACGCCCGAGCGCGCCCGCAUCACGGCCUACCUGCGCGCCCGGCAGAACCGCCGCCUCGACGACGCCUACGAGAGGGCCGCCCGGCGCGCCCAGAAAAAGGGCCGGACCCUGCCGCCUAGGGAUCAGUACUAUGAUCACUGGGGUUACUCUUACUACAUGUACGGCCCGUUCAUGUAUCCCGUCUACUUCGCCCCGGGCAUGUACUACGGCUGGGACCCCUGCUACAUCGCCGCCGGAGACGGCGCGUGGGCAAACUGCGCCGCGGGGACUUGUGGCAACGGCAACAUUGCCGCUGGCGGCUGCGGAGGCCCGGGCGGAUGUUCCGUCGGAGCAAUCUGA